AUUACCAAUCUCUCAUUCUUUGAAUCUUCAUUUUAAGCUGUAACACACAACACAACACCCUUGUUCCUUUCAAAACACUCCAAUCACAAAACUAUCCAUUGAAACAUUUGAUCCCUUUCGAGCAUUUUCAAGUUCUACAAAAUGCAAGCAACCUCUCUGUCUUCCCAUGUGUUCUUAUCACACCCUCUUUCACGAGAACACAAGGUCUUCUUUGAUGCCACCAACCCUCGUAGGAGUUUAAUCUGUGCAUCAAAAAGUGACUCCUCUGGGCACCACUGUGAUGGGAAGAUGGUGGACGAGAACAUGAUCCUUCUCAGAAUGCGAAUUCGAGAGAUUGAGAUGCUCGAAAUGAAGACUAAAGCUUCUUCGGAUUGGAACGAAUGGGAGAAGAAGUAUUUUCAGAAUUAUGAUUCGGAUGUAUGUGAUGCAGUUGGAGUGUUGCAGAGAGUGUUAAUGAAGACUAGACCUUCUUUUGCACUUGCCACAUUCGCUCUUCUUAUGCUAACCAUGUCCAUGGCCACGCUGCAACUUCUGUUUCAUCUUGUAGGGUUUGCCAAGGGAAUCUAUCAUAUCUGAAAAGACCAGCUUUUUGCAUGAAUAAGAGAUCAACUUGAAAGGAUGUAGCAGAAAUUGAAAAAUCUAUGUUGUGAACGCAACUUUCUGUGAAAGGGACAAUAAUUUGUUGCUGCAAAUGUUGUUUGUAUUGUAGAAAACUAAGAGAUUAUAAUGUGAACAAUACAUGUUGUCU